AUGAUCAAUAUUCUCUGGCCAUUUGAUUUAAAUACCAAUGAUUUUUAUAAUACUUACAAUGGUAUUCCAACGAAUAAUCCGUCUUAUGUUCCGUCACCAGUAAGUACAACGGCUAUUCAUUUUCAAUCAUCUUCGCAACAAUCAGUAGAAAUAACUCAGCCAACUCUAAAGCUAACUCACACAUCAUUUACUGUUGAAUGUUGGAUUCAUCCAAUAUCUCUCUCGACCUAUGAUAAUGCUAUAUUUGCACAAUGUCAAAAUUCAUCACCUCAAAAUUGUUUUCACUUAGGAAUUCGAAAUGCCACACUCUUCAUGAAUUAUUACAAAGAAACUUUGAAAGGUAUAUCUGUCCUAAAAGCAAACAAUUGGUAUCAUGUGGCAUUCGUUUUUGAUGCAUUAACACUUCAAUUAACAGUUUAUCUCAAUGGCAAACAAGAUGCAACAAAAAAAGUAUAUACUCCUUAUCAAGGUACAAAUGAUAUCAUUACUAUUGGUACGUCGAAAAUUUCUCGUAUUCAUCAUACACAUUUUAAUGGUUACAUGGAUCAGCUUUCGGUCGUUUCAAAAGCUAAAAGCGCCGAAGAUAUAUUACUUGAUGCAACAACAAUACCAUUGAUAAGAGUUAAAGGCAAGUAUAAUUGCAAAA